GAAACAGCUAUAAUAAUAGCCUCUGAGCCAAAUAUCCCCAAAAGAAAUAUAUGUAGACAAAGGCACCGGGCCAUCUGAAUCCGCACUGAAGACGUUCCGUUGGACAAUACAGACAGGCUCCUUCCGAUGACGCGCACCGCGAGCGAACUUUUCUCGAGGACCUGCGAGCAACAACACAGAAGGCCAAAAGGACGGAACUAGACAUGUUCGGGCCAAUCUACACGUCGAUCACUCAUCAUCAGUUUUAGAAGGCAUACCCAAUGCUCUUGUGCCAUUUUUACAUCAGCUUCAUCCUUCCUCUGAGCGCGUCCGCAUGAAUCUACCGGCGCUCGUCGACUCCGCGCUCUCCGCGAUUGGAGAUCCGCAACCCGACGAUCCAAUCCAGGAAUGUUUUGACGGCGAUAUCGACAAGCUACGUUCCCUCCUCCGCAGCCAUCCUGACGAUGCUCUACAACUGGCUGAUGCCAAACUGCGCGUGUUCCCGUUCAAAGAUGUGAAGGACUGCUGGAGGAGACUGUAUACAGAUGCCAGUAUCGUCAAGGCGUGUUUGACCAUUCGAGAGGUUUGCGAGGCCCAGACUGGGAAAGACCAGCCCGCGCAAUCUGCGACCCUUGGAAAUUCAGGGCAAACAAGAGAAUGGAAAAUCGAUUCCCAGGCACCAUGGCUGUCCUCUGUUGUUCGUCUGCUCGAUAUGGCGUUGAUUAUGGCUGGGGCCCCUUUACGAGAGGAAUUCAUCGAAUCACUCCUGGCAGCUCUUCAAGAUGCAACGAGACCUAUCAAAGCCUCAGGGCCCGCGGAAUCAGACGUGGACGAUGACUACUCGAGAGCACCACCUUCGAAGCGUCGAAAGCUAUGUCCGCCUUUGUUUCCCCCGGAAACGGCUCCAGCACCGUCCCUCAAGCACCCUAUUCCUCGAAUUUCCUCUCCUUCGUUUGACGCCCUCGAAAACCACAUUCACAAUGUCCGCACGCCACUGGUAAUUACGGAUGCGGUGGAACACUGGCCCGCGAUGUCAACACGUCCGUGGACGUCCAGGGACUAUUGGUACGAGCGCACCUUUGAUGGACGUAGGCUCGUGCCGGUCGAGGUUGGUAGAUCAUACACGGACGAGGGCUGGGGCCAACGUAUCAUGCCGUUCAAAGAAUUCGUCGAUAGAUAUAUUUGGCGGAUGGAAGAGUCCAAAAGCAGCGCGGGACAGCGAGGAAAUGCUUCAGAGAACCACGAUGACGAGGGUCAGACGGGCUAUAUGGCGCAGCAUGAUCUCCUCGCGCAGAUCCCAUCUUUGAGGAAGGACAUCUCGGUUCCAGACUAUUGUUACAUCGAUCCUCCUGGUCCUGAACCAGGUACUCCAGUCUACGAAAAGAAACGUCGUGAACGGGAAGAGGCCGAAGCUAAGAAGGCAUCGAAGAGAACGGGACAAGCGUCGGUCAAUGAGGGGGACGCAAUCUCCGUGGACCAAGCUAGUAUGAAAGCUCUGUCGCUUUCCUCGAAGGGAGGCCAUGCUGGAAAUCUAUCAGACCCAGAUUCUGAUGUUAGUCUCCCAGCGGACCCUAUCAUUAACACUUGGAUCGGUCCUUCCUGGACAAUGUCUCCGCUUCAUCAUGAUCCGUACCAUAAUAUUCUUGUGCAGGUUGUGGGAGCCAAGUACAUCCGUCUCUACUCGCCGCAUACCCCAGCCUCACAAAUACACCCGCGAGGAAUGGAGGCUGUCAACUCAUCUUCUGAAAACAAAGCCCAAGGUGACCUGUCUCAGAAAAUGCAGGUAGAAGGUCAAUUGAUCGACAUGUCCAACACAUCGCAGGUGGAUCUCGCAGCGAUCGAGCUUUCUCCUGCGGAGUCUGAAUUGUGGGAUUCGAUGUGGCCAGGUUUCUCGGAUGCGGAGUAUGUCGAAACAGUCCUAAAGGAAGGCGAAAGCCUAUAUAUCCCUGUGGGCUGGUGGCAUUACGUGCGCGGAUUGAAGGCUGGAAUCAGCGUUAGUUUCUGGUGGGGAUGAAGAAUCAAUACGUACGGCAGCAUAAAGCACCGUCUCUGGGUUCGUUAGCUGUCUCAAAACUUGUAUUUUAGGUAUGGGUCGCUGGGGUUUACUCUGCUCAACAUAGAUGAUACCACGAAAGUAGUCUUCAAAUACAGUUUAUUAGUCUUUCU